AUUUCCAGCUCGCCCCCCCCCCGAGGGAGGAAUGGUUCGCCCAGAGGCCGGGCUCUGCCUCUGAGGACCGGGGGCCGCCAUUUUGUCAGCAGCGGCUGCAGGAAAGGAAGGUGGAGGCGCCCGGAGCCUCCUCGCCCCGUGUAAGGCCCCCCUGGCCCGUAAAAUCCAGCAAAGAUGUCUGAAUACAUCCGCGUUACUGAGGAUGAGAACGAUGAGCCCAUUGAGAUCCCUUCAGAGGAUGAUGGCACUGUGCUGCUAUCCACAGUUACUGCCCAGUUCCCCGGAGCAUGUGGCCUGCGUUACAGGAACCCAGUGUCUCAGUGUAUGAGAGGAGUCCGGCUAGUGGAAGGAAUUCUCCAUGCUCCAGAUGCUGGCUGGGGAAAUCUGGUCUAUGUUGUUAAUUAUCCCAAAGAUAACAAGAGGAAAAUGGAUGAAACAGAUGCCUCAUCAGCUGUGAAAGUAAAACGAGCAGUACAAAAAACAUCUGAUUUAAUAGUUUUGGGUCUUCCCUGGAAAACUACUGAACAAGAUCUAAAGGAAUAUUUCAGUACAUUUGGAGAAGUUCUCAUGGUGCAGGUUAAGAAAGACAUUAAGACUGGUCACUCAAAGGGUUUUGGUUUUGUUCGAUUUACGGAGUAUGAAACCCAGGUGAAAGUGAUGUCUCAACGACACAUGAUAGAUGGAAGAUGGUGUGACUGUAAACUUCCUAAUUCUAAGCAAAGUCCUGAUGAACCUUUGCGAAGCAGAAAGGUGUUCGUUGGGCGCUGCACUGAGGAUAUGACUGCAGAUGAGCUCCGGCAGUUCUUUUCUCAGUAUGGAGAAGUGGUAGAUGUCUUCAUCCCCAAACCCUUCAGAGCUUUUGCUUUUGUUACAUUUGCAGAUGAUCAGGUUGCCCAGUCUCUUUGUGGAGAGGACUUGAUCAUUAAAGGAAUCAGCGUACAUAUAUCCAAUGCUGAACCUAAGCACAAUAGCAAUAGACAGUUAGAAAGAGGUGGAAGAUUUGGUGGUAAUCCAGGAGGCUUUGGGAAUCAGGGUGGAUUUGGUAAUAGCAGGGGGGGAGGAGGUGGUUUGGGGAACAACCAGGGCAGUAAUAUGGGUGGAGGGAUGAAUUUUGGAGCAUUUAGUAUCAACCCUGCUAUGAUGGCGGCAGCCCAGGCAGCAUUGCAGAGCAGCUGGGGAAUGAUGGGCAUGUUAGCUAGUCAACAGAAUCAGUCUGGGCCAUCGGGAAACAACCAACCUCAAGGCAACAUGCAAAGGGAGCAGAACCAGGGUUUUAGUUCAGGAAGUAAUUCUUACGGAGGAUCUAACUCUGGAGCAGCAAUAGGUUGGGGGUCAGCAUCAAAUGCAGGAUCAAGCAGUGGGUUUAAUGGAGGCUUUGGUUCAAGUAUGGAUUCCAAAUCAUCAGGCUGGGGAAUGUAGACAGUGGGCUCUGAUACUGACUCUAUGGUGGGAAAUCAAAUUUUUCUAAACUCAUGGUAAGUAUAUUGUAAAUUGCAUAUAUACUAAAAUUUUCCUGAUCAAUUUGUUCAAUGUGCAGUAUAUUCAACAGUAUUUUUGACAUUUUUCUUUUGUAAAAAGAAAGGUUAAAGGAAUUUUAUAAGUUUUGUUACAUAAUUUGUUGGAAUAUUGAAUGAUUGAAAGUGAACUGCUGUUUGCCUGAUGGGUAAACUAACACACUACAAUUGAGAGGAAGGGUUUCUCCUGUAAUAUUUUAUUCCUUGUCAGCUGAAUUCUUUGCAUGUUCAAAAAGGAAACCAUUGGUCAGAAACUACAUUCUUUCUUUUCCUCUUGUUUGUUUUAAUUUGAUCCCCACCAUAAGAAUCUCUCCAAAUGCCCCAGUUGGAGAACACAGUGUCGGUGUUGUGGUGUUUUGUUUGUUUGUUUUUUUUUCCUUUUAACACUGUCUCCCCUCAUAUACUAAGUACAAUAUGAAGGCUUCAUUUAGUCUCUGCAGUUCAUCUCAUUUCAAAUGUGUAUGGAAGAAGCACUUAAUUGAAAGCAGUGCUGUAAAUAUUCUGCUUUAGGAAUACUUCUGUCUACAUGCUUUCUCAUCCAAGAAUACUUCAUCACACUGCACAUGCUACGUCUUAGACGGUGGGUGUUCCAUUUUUAUCCGCUACUCUUUAUUUCAUGGAAUCGUAUCAACGCUAUGAACGCAAGGCUGUGAGAUGGAACCAGAAGGCUGUUUGAACUUUUGAAACCUUGUGUGGGAUUGAUGGUGGUGCCGAGGCAUGAGAGGGCUGGUAUGUGCGAGAAAAAGGAGAGAGCGCAUGCAGAGACCUGGUGGUGCAUUAUGGGAUUUUAUUUUACUUGGCGAGAUGUCUCUCAAUCCUGUGGCUUUGGUGAGAGAGUGUGCAGAGAGCAAUGAUAGCAAAUAAAGUACGAGUGUUUCUUGCAUUCAAAGGACAUCCAUAUCUGGAAGACUAAAUGGGUUUUAUACCUAGUUAACCAAUUAGUUGAAUGUGUUAAGUGAAAUGAAUAUCUGUAUUUUUUUUUCCCUUAUGUCAACUGCUGUGAAUGUUGUAUGGUGUGUGUUCUUUUCUGUUAAUGAUAUGUAAGUGUGGUAAUGUGAAUCGAAGAUGAUGGGGUUUGUGACGAGAACAUUGAGUUUGUGGUGUGCUUUGCGGUAGUUGUAGCAGAGUUCACUAGCGAGCUCAGUGUGCCUCUUAAGGGUGGAAGUUCCACUGUCUGUAAGAUAUCCAUAAGAAUGCUGUUUGCUGCAGUUCUGUGUUUGGAUGCUUUUUAUAAGAUUUGUCAAUGUAGGAAAUUCUUAAAUAAAACUGAUUUAAGUAA